CUUUUCGGCCCAGCCAUCGCUCGAGGAUCAUUGGCAACAGACAUGCUACGAGAUGGAGAGGUACCUGAAGGACGAGCCGAAGCUGCAGUCGUACAAAAAGUUGCCCACGGAAUUGGACACAGCGCCCUGGAACCUCUUCAGGGCGCCACCAAUCUCGUGGACCGCCUCCACGGGUGCCGCUAACGCACAAUUCGAAUCGCCAAUCAAAAUGGAGGUGACGACGUCGUCGGAGGACAGGGAAACGAUCUGUCUCGACGACAUAAAAUUCAGUCCCGGCGAUCACAACCACAACGGCCGCGAUAGGGAUCUCCUGGACCGACACCUCGAUUCCCUGUCGAUGUCGUCGGCGAGCUCGGCGUGUUCGGCGUUGUCAUGGGACAGCUCGCCCUCCCUCUCGUGCACGGCACUCAUUCUCAAGAAAGAGCCCAGCGAGGAUCUCGAAGAGGAUGAGGAGCACGAGGAGAUCGAGGAGGAGGAGGACAGCGGCUGCGAAAGCGAAGGUCAGAUCCUGACGCCGCCGUCGAGCCCCGGCUCGGGUCAAGGUCAUUCCAACUCCAGUCACUCGUCGAGCGGGAGUUCGAUGCUCGAUGUGCACAACCUCAACCUUCAUGGGACGGGCGGCAGGAGCGCCAUCGUCAGGGUCACCACCAGCAACGCGCAGGGUGUCGCAAGACUGAUCUCCGUCACAGCGAAUGGCUACCCCGCGGUCGCGGGCACGCAACACGCACACGCAGGGGCCACUGCGGCCGCGAGCACUGUGGCCAACAGGCAUCAUGCGAGGAGCCACGAGCACAGUCCGCCUGACACGAAGCGCAGGAUACACAAAUGCCAAUUUCCGGGAUGCAAGAAGGUCUACACCAAGAGCUCGCAUCUGAAGGCCCACCAGAGGACGCACACGGGAGAGAAGCCGUACAAGUGCAGCUGGGAGGGCUGUGAAUGGCGAUUCGCGCGUUCCGACGAGCUGACGCGCCACUAUCGCAAGCACACCGGCGCGAAACCGUUCAAGUGCCGGCACUGCGACCGAUGCUUCUCCCGCAGCGACCAUCUAGCUCUCCACAUGAAGAGACACGUGUAAUCGAUCGUCUCAGCGAGCAGUCCUCCGCGCACCGAGCUGUCCAGGACCGACGCACGAGGUUCCUUCCUCCCCGAGGAUACCCGAAGACAAUGAG